UGGCACAUCUCCACUUAAUAGAAUAUGUCGGAGAACAGACUGCUUUGCUAAUUAAGAUGGUCCCAAAGGAACAGCGCCUCGCGGCCGCCAUCACCCUUGUGCUGUGGGUCUCAGCCUUGGCAUCGUCCUUGAUUGACAACAUCCCAUUCACCACCACAAUGAUUCCUGUGCUCCUGAACCUGAGCCAAGACCCUGAGGUCAGCCUUCCUGUACUGCCGCUCAUGUAUGCCUUGGCCCUGGGUGCCUGCCUGGGAGGUAAUGGAACCUUGAUUGGAGCAUCAGCAAAUGUUGUUUGUGCGGGAAUUGCAGAGCAGCAUGGGUAUGGAUUCUCUUUCAUGGAAUUUUUCAG